AUGAGGACACAGAGGAUGCUGAUUCACCAGGAGGGAGCCCGGAGGGAGCAGGAGCAGCGGAAACGAUUGAGACGCCAGGGAGGAGCCAAGAAAACAGCAAAUCAAGUGAAAGCCAAAAUACGACAAGUGCACCGACUAAUGCACCCAGAAGAGGAGGAGAGGCCUCACAAGGAACAGAAUGAGAAGAUCUUUUCCCUAAAAAUUGAAACCUUCCAGAUGGAAGUUAAGUCCGUACUUCCUGCUCCAGACCAGCUGAAUAUUGACUCAGUGGACACCACAUCAGCUGCUGUUAGCUGGAACCAGCCACCAGGAUUGGACCAAACCCAACAUCAUUACCAGAUCUCUUACCGCUGUCCAGGGACAGAACCACACAUCACUACCACAUCUUCACACAGCAUCACUCUCUCUGAUCUGGAACCUGCGACUGAAUACUCUGUCACUGUCUGCACUGUGCUGGAAAAUGGAAAGCAAAGUAAACUGGUGUUAACAACCCUCACCACAGUACUUCCUGCUCCAUACCAGCUGACUGUUGACUCAGUGGACACCACAUCAGCUGCUGUUAGCUGGAGCCAGCCACCAGGAUUGGACCAAACCCAACAUCAUUACCAGAUCUCUUACCACUGUCCAGGGACAGAACCACACAUCACUACCACGUCUUCACCCAGCAUCACUCUCUCUGACCUGGAACCUGCUACUGAAUACUCUGUCAUUGUCUGCACUGUGCUGGAAAAUGGAAAGCAAAGUGAACUGGUGUCAACAACCUUCACCACAGUACUUCCUGCUCCAGACCAGCUGACUGUUGACUCAGUGGGCACCACAUCAGCUGCUGUUAGCUGGAGCCAGCCACCAGGAUUGGACCAAACCCAAUAUCAUUACCAGAUCUCCUAUCACUGUCCAGGGACAGAACCACACAUCACUACCACAUCUUCACACAGCAUCACUCUCUCUGACCUGCAAGGUGGUACUCAGUACUCUGUCACUGUCUGCACUGUGCUGGAAGAUGGAAAGCAAAGUCAACUGGUGUCAACAACCCUCACCACAAUACAUUUUCAGUGGUGGAGGAGACCCUCCAGAGUUGCUGCAGUGUGUGUUCUACUGGCUGUCAUCAUAGGCCUGUGGGAUUCCUAUGCAACUGCAGAGCGAGACCAUCUACAGAACAGUCUAAAUACCAGGACUACAGCGAGAGACCAGCUACAGAAUAGUCUAAAUACCAGGACUACAGCGAGAGACCAGCUACAGAAUAGUCUAAAUACCAGGACUACAGAGAGAGACCAGCUACAGAAUAGUCUAAAUACCAGGACUACAGCGAGAGACCAGCUACAGAAUAGUCUAAAUACCAGGACCACAGAGAGAGACCAGCUACAGAAUAGUCUAAAUACCAGGACUACAGAGAGAGACCAGCUACAGAAUAGUCUAAAUACCAGGAUCACAGAGAGAGACCAGCUACAGAAUAGUCUAAAUACCAGGACCACUGAGAGAGACCAGCUACAGAAUAGUCUAAAUACCAGGACCACAGAGAGAGACCAGCUACAGAAUAGUCUAAAUACCAGGAUUACGGAGAGAGACCAGCUACAGAAUAGUCUAAAUAACAGGACCACUGAAAUAGACACGUUGAUGAAGAGUCUGAACACUACAACUAUGGAGCGUGACCAGCUACAGGAGGAGAUAGAAAGACUGAACUGGGAGAACAAAGGGUCCUGUCCUGAAGGAUGGAGAAGGUUUGGCUGCAGAUGUUACUACCUCUCUACUGAGAAGAAAACCUGGAAUGAGAGCAGACAGGACUGUCUGGAGAGAGGAGCAGAUCUGGUGAUCAUUAACAGUGAAGAGGAGCAGACAUUCAUCAAUGGGUUUAAAUCAGUCAGUUAUGUCUGGAUUGGUUUGACUGAUUCUGUUACUGAGGGGACCUGGAAAUGGGUUGAUGGCACCCCACUGACCACCCCAAGGUAAGAGACUACUGCUCUAAUAACACUGACCACAGUGGAAGGUGUAGGACCGAUUAUCUGUGUUGUUCAUACUCUAGGUUCUGAGAGAGUGGUCAGUCUAACUCUGUGUUGUUCAUACUCUAGGUUCUGAGAGAGAGGUCAGUCUAACUCUGUGUUGUUCAUACUCUAGGUUCUGAGAGAGAGGUCAGUCUAACUCUGUGUUGUUCAUACUCUAGGUUCUGAGAGAGUGGUCAGUCUAACUCUGUGUUGUUCAUACUCUAGGUUCUGAGAGAGAGGUCAGUCUAACUCUGUGUUGUUCAUACUCUAGGUUCUGAGAGAGUGGUCAGUCUAACUCUGUGUUGUUCAUACUCUAGGUUCUGAGAGA